AUGGACGAAGUUGCAUCAAGCAAAUUUGGAACAAAAUUAUCGAGGCCUGUACUUACCAAGUAUAUGGAACUGCUUCCUAAGCAAGAUGAGGAAAAGGCAAUGGCCUUAUCUUUAUCACUAGCCGUUGGCGUCGCCCAGCAUGUACUUACCAAGUAUAUGGAGCCGUCCCCUGGAACGCAAAUGAAAGAAACGCUUGCUGGGUUGUUUCCACGUCGCAAGCAGUACGCGAAUGGCGGUCGACCAGAUUCAUUAAAUUACAGAUCAGCUAGAUAG